UGCUUACGGUAACUCGGUUUGUUUGCUCGACUAGUGUUAGGAACGACCUUCUGCCUGUUUAGUCGGUUAUUGAGAAUUGUUAUUUGAACCUUCGAGGUUUUACUCACAACGGUGGAUACUGGGACAUCUGAAACAUGCGGUGCGGUACACUCAAGUUCUGUCAGCAAAUUCGCCCCAAGCAAACUCUUGUGAUUAUAAUAUGUAUAGUGUUAAUGUCGUCUGUUUGGUGGAUGUCCUCAUUGGUAAAUAUACCAAAUGUAGUACAACGCUUUGUCCAAACCACCUGGCGAAAAUCCAACACGGUUGAAGACACAAAACCAAAUUAUUAUUUUCCGAUUACUGCUAAAUAUACUGAUGGAAACAAACAUGCAUUCAAACGGCCACCUUCUAGUAAAGACAACAAAGGAACAGCUGACAAAUUAAUUCUAUUACAAAACAGUCCAGGGAAGCCCUGGGAUUUGAUUGCGGCCAAGGAACUUCGAUCAUGUUCUGCUAAUUGCACAUUGGUGACUUCUGGCAACAACCUGAACGACUUUGAUGCUGUUAUAUUCUACGGAGUGGGUUAUCCGAGAGAUAGUCCACCUAGAAAGACUCCAGACCAAGUGUGGAUUUAUUUUAUAAGAGAGACUCCAUACUACAGUGAGGACUCCAACUUUAACAGGGCAGAAUGGAGAAACAAGAUCAACUGGACUAUGACGUACAGAUCAGAUUCUGACAUCUGGUAUCCGUAUGGACGUAUACUUAAAAGAGAAAAACCUAAACAGUUAGAUUUUCAAGGAGUAACAAAAAACAAAACCAAACUGGCAGCGUGGUUUGUCAGCCAUUGCAGAACGCCAGGCGAACGUCAUAAAUACGUCGAGGAGAUUCAGAAGACGAUUUCAGUUGACAUUUACGGACGUUGUGGAAAUAAAAAAUGUGACAAUAAUAAGGCCAAACAGUGUUUGCAAAUGCUUUCUCGGGACUAUAAAUUCUAUAUAUCAUUUGAAAACAGUUUCUGUUAUGACUAUAUUACUGAAAAGGCUCUCCUGUACAUGGGUGCAGACAUUGUCGCUGUAGUACGAGGAGGCGCGAAUUACAGUAAAUUUUUACCUCCCAAUUCGUUCAUCAAUACAGCAGAUUUCAAGAGUCCCAAGCUCCUCGCUGAAUAUCUUGUCUACCUGGACAAAAACCACACGGCGUAUGCAGAAUAUUUACAGUGGAAGAAUCAUUACUAUUCGGAAACAGAGAGGGUGCCUAUCUGUGAACUGUGUACAAAACUGUCAAAUGCUACAGCCUAUGCCAAUGUUUAUAAGGACAUUUACUCUUGGUGGCAUAAAGAUACAUGCAAGAGACCAAACGAUUUGGGUUCCUGAGACAACAUACAUAUAGGAUUAUAUACGAGUUUGCACGAAACGAGUAAACUUUCCAUGUUAGUUUCUGACCGAACGAAAGUUAGAUCAGAUGCCAUGGGAGUUUUUUUUAAACAAAAAUGAUGUUUAGCGAAAAUGAGUGUGGUAUUUUGUGUUUGUGUGUGUAUAUAUGAGUGUGUGUCUGUGUGUGGUGUGUGUGUGUGUGUGUGUAUGUGUGUGUG